ACUUAAUAGCAUUUCAAAAUGAAUCCCGAUCCCAAUCCCUUAAUACCGGUACGUUAUUCGGUAUAUCCUAAAUACCGGUACCAAACAUUUAGCCCUACUCACGAACUUGAAAAUGCGAUAAUUAAGUGAGAAUUGAUCGUGAAGUUUGAAGUCCGUCAUUUGUACCAACCUACCCUUCCUAUUUCCUUUUUCUUCUCAUACCAAUGAGGGGAAUAAAGGUUAACUUCACUUCAUACUUACAGACCUAACUAACAACAUCCAUCAUGAAUUGAAAUCUAUGAAACAAACAAUGGUGUUUUUCAAAUCCAUAAUGAAUAAAAAACCCUCAUACAGGGUAAAUGAUAAGUUUGGUCACUGGGAUCACUAAAAAGUUUCAUGUUUGCUCCUAAAAAUAUUUUAUUCCAUUUGUGGUCACUAACAUCGUAAGUUUUUUGUUAACGUGGCUAACAGAAAUACUGAGUCGCCGAAUUUUAACACAAAAAAAUUGAAACUCCGCCCGUCAUGUCAACCCAUUAACUGAUCUGACCUUCCUCACCAAACCCACCAAUUAAUUGAUCCGACCAUCCUAACCGAACCCUCCUUUCUUCCUACGCUCGAGCCAUUUGUUGCAAGAAUGUACCGUAAUUGUUCUCGAAUCUCUUUUUUUUUUUUAGUAUCAUAAUUGUUGUGGCAUCUCUUAGUUUUUUUUAAUACAAUACAUCUACGACCACUACAUACUGAUAGGUAUCAUGCUCAUAUAUUAAUUGAUCUUUGAGUUAUUGAGACACCUGAAUUCCUCACAUUUCACAUCUCCUUUAGUCGAGGCCACAAAUGGUGAGGUGGACGUCGAUUUGUUCUGAUAAAGGAACCAACAAACCAAAACAAUAUAGCGUUGUUGGCAUGGACCAGGAUACCGAAUCGUACUGGCCGGUUCAACCGGAAAAACCGGAAACCGGACCAGAAACGAUACGGUAAGCUGUUUGUGAGCAGAAUAUCGUGCCGGCCGAUUUUUCCGGCUUAACCGGUACAAAAUGAAAUAUCGCCCGGUUUUGGUAUAACCGGCGGUAGAAUGUAGGCAGAAAAAUGACGUCGUUUAGGCACAUCAAAUUAUAUAUAAAAAAAAAAUUUCGGCCAAAGGCCAAAAUGCAAAAACCCUAAUCUAAUGAAAAGCCCCUUUCAUAGUUUCUCUUUCCCAGCGCAGUUCCACCCCGCCCCGCCGCUCCUCCUCUUCUCCUCUGGCCACUGGCGACCUGCGAGCUGUGACCGGCGACUCGUGACUGGCGGCCUGAGACCGACGACUGGCAGCCUGCGACCGAAGACUCGCAACCAGCGAAAGCUCGAAAGCAACCCGCGACCCAUGACCCUGAUCCGCCGAACCGAUCCCUGCUCUGCCACUAUGUCGUUCGUCUUCUCUGCUCUGGCGAGUGGGGACCGGCGAAAGGUCAUGCAGAUCCCUGCUCUGCUCCGCCGCUCCUCUUCACUCCUCCUCAGCCCCGCCGCCUGCUCGAGCCUCCCUCCCCUGCUCAAGAACGCGAGACAGCCUGUUACUGUCGGUGGCGGUGACUGUCGAUUUGGGGAAGGAGAUAAAAUCGCCGAUCAGAUUGACGGAGGAAGCCAGAAAAAGGUCGAAUCUGCAUCUGAAAGAGACUUUGUUCAUCAUGUAGAUCUUGAACUGUGGGGGAGGGUAUUGGUCGGCAGAGGGAUAUGAAGAGCUGGCGAAGGGAGAGCUGGCGGAGGGAGGGAAUUGAGGCAAUAUAUGAUCGGGGAGAGAAAUCCGCCGUUGGUGAUUCUGCAUGCAAGAAUCGGGACAUGGAUUGAUCCGUUGCCGCCGCCUCUCCGUUUCGUUAUUCAUCCGAGAAACCAAUUGAUGGAACACCUUGCAGCGAGCAGCCAAGGCCAAAUCUCACUGCUUGAUAUCUUCUUUCCAUCCCCUUCAGCUUCUAACUUCCCGGCCGUCACCAGAUCUGUUGUCAAUAGCAUGCAGUACCCUCUCUAUGUUUAACCAAUUGGUUCAUAUUUGGUAUGCUCGGAGGAAAAGGGGAAAGUUCUGUAAUUAAGGAAUGGAUUAUUGGUGAGAGAGAGAGGGAGGCUGGGAGGGAGAGAGACAGAAAGGUUUGAAGGAGAAGGAAGUUUCACCAUCGAGUGGGUUUUAAACUAGUAAAUUAAAAUAAUGGACACUUUAAUCGUUUGAUAACUGUUAGCGAUAUAAUUAGCCUCCAAAGCAUGUCAUGUCGAACUCAAAACUGUGGUUAAAUAUUCUGGUUUAUUGUGGUCCGCUAAUUAAUUUGUUUUAAUGCU